AACGUCCAUUGAUCGCGAGAAGAAAACAAGACCCGUUUUUCGUUUCUGUUUUUUGCAAAAAUAGUGCUUAAAAGUUUAGCAAAAAGUAGCAAAUUGUAACCGAAAGAUGCUGAUCAGCAAAAAUGUGAAACUUUAAGGUACUUUUAAUUCUCGCCUAAGCAUCCCUGGAAAUUUGUUAAAACCACAUAUAAGGACAUCGUCUCUCUAGCCACACCUACGGUAAAAUACCAUCCGUUCGCCAACCUGGUCAAUAAAUAAGAUGGAACAUGAUCAACCUAUCGAAUCUAGCAAUGCAGAAUCACCGACAGCAAUCACAUCACAACUAAACGUCAACCAAGCGAAAGCGGACGAUAAUCUCAGUAUCAAAUCAUCCGACUCGGUCACAACCAGCGGAGAGUACGAAAUCGUUCCGGAAGCGCCAUCCCUCUCAGACACGGUGGACGGUGCCUGUUCGACUCUUCCCUCACCGAUCAUGAACAUUGUCAAAACGAGCGGUGAAAGUUCUUCCCCCAAGAAGCGCACGAAUCCACAGGAGGAACCGGUUCGUGAUCCGAAACAGGUAUCCGGGGGUGAGCUUCUGAAUCUGAGCGAAUGCUUCGACGAUGAGGAAGUGUUGGUCAGUUUGGUUGCCGUAGCACCGCCGACAAAAUUGGAUGCCAUUUCACCGAUUCUAAACAUCGAAGGCAACGGAAAUGUGAUGGAUUUGGAGAAGAACAUGGAUGAGGUCAUCCACGAGUUAGACGAGGAACGAACACUCAGCGCGAGCGAUGGCGAGCCGGGCAGUGCAAAUAAAACCCCCGUUAAAUCCGCCUCGACCAACAGCAGCAGUGGCAGCAACAGGCCUUUGGUUUCACAGCUGUCUCUACGUGGCUUGAAACCACGCAGCACCGUCGUCAUCGGCACCAAUGGAUCAGCAGCAGCGGUAGGGGUUAGUACUCCCAAUGUUCAAUCGCCGGAAAAUCGAGUCGGACAAUCUGUAUUCUACGACUGCCUGGACGCCAGCCCAAUGGUGGAGAAGAAAGUAGCGAAAUCUCCCUGUCCGACGGAAACGGACGACGACGUGUCCGAUAUCGAUCAGGAAUGUACGAUCUUCAGUGGUGUGACCUACCUGGGUGCGACCCGGAUCAAUGCUCCGAAGUCGGAAAAGGAAAUCCUGCAGAAGGUAGCGGAAAUGAAUGGCAGUUCCAGCAUAUCGCCCCUCGGUAUGAAGGUGUCCGUUAGCAUCCCGACUCGCUCGGAAGGACUAGUGGUGCUCUACGACGGGGAAACAAACACUGUCGUGGCGACCUACGAGGUUCAGCGGAUUCUGUUCUUUGUUCGGGGCCCGGUCAAGUCGGCGAACCAGGCGUGCUUUGCGUUUACCUGGUCCCACGGAGAAUCACAGGAAACUGCCACUCACCAGUGCCAUGUCUUCAGAUGUAACAUCCCGGAAGCGGUCACCCAAGUUAGCGCUUGCUUCGCCAAGGCCUUCCAGCGUGUGCUUCCCCCGAGUAUUCCGGCUAGUAUGACAACGUCGCUGGCAGACAUCAGUACCAACGUUAUGUUGUCCUCGAUCACCUCGGACAGUGCCGGCAAUCCGAUCCAGUCUGCAAUGUACGAAUUUAGCAUUUCGCUUGAGAUCAAGGAAAAGGAGAAAAGUGGCUACAUUACCGUGCCCAGGGAUGCCAAGUCCAGUUUCCGGCUACGGUGCAACACCGAUAAGGAGGUUAGCAUAGUGGUGAAACAGAUUCCAUCGGAACAGUAUCCUCCGUUGUACAUCGAGCGAUGUUUUGGUGUGCUGCUGAGCCCUGGGAAAAUUGUCCGACAAGCUGAUAUGCAAUUAUUGGAUAUGGUUACCAUGGGCUACAUCAACACAGACACGACUGUGCCACCGGCUCCGAAUCCAAUGACGGCUUCGAUUACAUCGCUAACGGCUGCUGCCAGCUACGCUCAGAACCCGUACCAGAUCCGGGCCGAGUGGAAAGCAAAUGACAAAGCGUUCGAACAGCUCAAUACGGAAACGCAGAAGAAAUCUCUAACCGUGGCAGUUGAUCUAGUCAUCAAGGGUAUCCAGGAACCGGUACGGUUCGUUAUCGAAACGUCAGUAAUGAUCCUGUCGCAAAGCGAAUUACGAAUCAUGCAAAAUCUCUUCACCAACAAACGACUGUUGGUGAUGCACUACUAUCUGACGCUGAAGGAGAGUGACGAGGGCAACUGGAAGGUGGAAUCAAUUGAUCAUUCAGAUGAGAUCGUCGAACCAACACCGCCGGCAUCGCUUUCGUUGAAUCUAAACUUCAAAACAUGGACGUUCAAAACGUCCGCAAGUGUGCAAUCGAUGGAGUUUGACGACUCCAGUCCGGAGUAUAGUUCCGACGGGGACGAACCGCUACUGAGUGGAACCGGAGAAGUUUCCAAGGAAUGUUCCAGCGCUCUGCUGGAAGAUUGGAACGAGAUAUUGGUGGAAUGGGAUCGAGACCAUUUGGAUAAGCGACCGAAGAACCUGGCGAAUUUGGUUCGUAGUGGAAUACCGGACAUUCUGCGGGGAACGAUUUGGCAAAAGUUAGCCAACGUGGAGAACAAGACGGAUAUGGCCGAUUCCUAUCGUAUACUGAUUACCAAAGAAACGAGCUGUGAGAACGUGAUUCAGCGGGAUAUUAACAGGACAUUUCCGGCGCAUAGGUACUUUAAGGAUACCGGUGGAAUGGGGCAGGACAGUUUGUACAAGGUGUCCAAGGCGUACGCUGUGUACGAUACGGAAGUUGGCUACUGCCAGGGGUUGAGCUUCAUAGCAGCCAGUUUGUUGCUUCAUAUGCCCGAGGAAGAAGCCUUCUGUGUCCUGGUAGCCCUCAUGUACAACUACGGCCUUCGUGAUAUGUACAAAAUGGGGUUCGAAUCUCUGUACCUGCGGUUGUACCAACUGAACCGUCUUAUGAAGGAUCAACUGCCGGAUCUUUACGAACACUUUCUCAACACGGGUGUCGAGUCACACAUGUUCGCCAGCCAGUGGUUCCUGACGCUGUUCACAGCACGCUUCCCGCUGUACUUUGUGUUCUCCAUUCUGGAUGCGUUCCUGUUGGAUGGGGUCACGGUGCUCUUUCAGGUCGCUAUUACGUUGCUCUCUGUGUGCAAGAAGGAUCUCCUAGAGCUGGACUUUGAGGGGAUCCUGAAGUACUUCCGUGUGACACUGCCGAAGAAAUGUCGGAGCGAAAACCAGGCCAAGAAGUUGAUGAAGCUCUCUUUUGAAUGUAAGGUGAAGAAGAUGAAAAAGUACGAGUUGGAGUACAUCGCCAAGAAGGAGGAAAACGAGCGUAAAGAACGAGAAAUGAAGCAAUACGAGCUGCGUUUCCACGAGGAAAAAGGAAAGAUGCAGCAGGAGAUUGUGGUUCUGAAUGAGAAACUGGAGGCAAUAGCGAAGGAGGAAAAGAAGAGCAACGGGAUUAUCGCAGAUUACAAGCAAAUUAUCCAGCGACAAGAACAUGAGAAUAAUAAACUUCAUCAAAUGUUGGAAGAUUUGACGAAAACCGUAUCCGGAUGUUCAAAAUGUUCAUCCAGCAUACCAAAAUCAUCGCCGUUACAUAAAACGUAUGGCAAAAAUCUGCAGCAUGCUAACAGCGAGAACAACAAUGAUCAAACCAUCCACCAGACGGAAAGUAAUCUCGGGCCAUUGGAUCCACUGUUGAUUGCAACGCAACGGAUACGAGAACUGGAGCUGGAGUUAGCUCAAACCAAGCUGGCUCAGGUUGAAGCCGAGUGUAAAAAUCAGGAUCUUCAUCACCAACUAACCACAACACUGACCGAGCUACAAACGAACCGCAGUAGCUGGCAGCCGUGGUUUUCGAAAACGCUAAACUCGAUACAGGAGAAGGUGGUAACGAGGCGUGAUGUGAACGCUCCGAUGCCCACGUUCCAAUCCUACACUGAUUCAAGUGUAAAAUUGCGCGAACAUUCCCAUACCCUACCGGUGCAGACGCAGCUGCGGAACAAGCUGAACCAGCGCCACAGCCUUGGACAGACGGGCUUCGAAGCAGCCUGUGGCGAUGACAUCGUUCGUGCGGGGAAUAUCGGGCUUGGUGGCACCGGCGAUGGCAGACCAGGAGCGGGCAAUAAAGAGCACGUCAUAUUUGGGGAUUCCGCACAACGGUGUAACAGUCUGAAGUAAAUCCAGCCAGCAGCUUGUCGCAGACCACAAAUACGACACUGCAUCACUCUCACAACUGAUUCUCCGGAAGGAAGAAAGCAAACUUAAGAAUACAUAACUAUUUUAAUAACAGCAUAUUAGGUACAUAUAAUAGCAGAGCCAGCAGAUAGCACGACGCCAUGAUAUUUGACCGAGGAGGAGCAAGUGACGCAGUUGGAGCAGUUUAUUAGCAUGCAUAGAACCAACCUGGUAUUCGGAGAGUGACAAAUAUGUUCGUCGCCCAGCAUUUUUGGUGCUUGAUUUUAUUUCACAUACAGAUCGCCGGCAUAUGCUUAAUAUGAUCGUGAAGAAUUUUCGUUUUGAGUGGAUUACGAGUCCCAUUUAUAUCUGAUGCUUAGACGUAAGAUUGAUCUUAAUCAUUGGUUUUUAUCGUACUGUGUUACCCUUUUCCAAGAUUUUCCACUAAUCGGUAAUCGCUCUGUUAGAAUGUGAAAAAGCAUAUCUUUCGAUAUAUGUAUUAAUAAGCUAAACCCGUUGAUGUUAGCCUACCGGUGGGGUUUAGUGUUAUAAUUUAUUUGUAGUUUUGUUUUCAAAGCAACAUAACUUGUACUGUAAUCAAACUAGUGGAACGGAAGGGAAUUCGCAGCCUGCAAGAACAACGCAUUUUUUCAAUGAAUUCAAUAUACCUAUUAUCAGGAGGAAAAUUUUUGCUAAGUAGAAAAUAGAUCGAGCAUACACCCCCCACAAUCGCGCACUGUUUGGACUUUUUACAUCAACAAUAUUGCAUAAUCUACGGCGCAGUUACCUACCUACCAACUUUUCCCGAUAAUCUUGUUUUAUGUUCUCUGUAUGAAUUUGUUGGCACCUAACGUAGAGAAAGUAGUAGCGAAAUUUUAGAUGGGAAAGAGUAAGUAGAUCAGCGUUGACAGAAUUUAAUCGAUCUAAAAUAAUUAUUACAUCCACAAAAAAAUAACAAGUACUUUCCGUGACUAUCUUUGUUCGUCAUAACACGUUAUAUGCAGGAUUUAUCAAAAAGAAGAAUACAAGUAAAAUGGAUAAAGUCAAGCAUUAUUUAAAGUAUCAC